UGUCGCUGGUGUCGGUGGGAGGAUCCUGCUCGCCUGCCCCGUUUCUCAGCAGCAGUCUCUCCGUAAAAUUAGCGGAUACUGCAACAAAGAAGUGUGUAUGUCUGUGUUUGUCACGACCAAGAAGAAAGAACAAGCGGGAAAUAAUAUUUAUAAAAACCUCUCAUCUGGCUGCUGGCAGAGAUGGCAACCAUUCGGAAGAAACUGGUGAUUGUCGGGGAUGGAGCUUGUGGGAAAACAUGUCUUCUCAUUGUUUUCAGUAAAGACCAGUUUCCAGAAGUCUACGUCCCAACGGUGUUUGAAAACUACAUCGCUGAUAUCGAGGUUGACGGAAAACAGGUGGAGUUGGCACUGUGGGAUACUGCAGGCCAAGAGGACUACGACAGGCUGAGGCCUCUCUCCUACCCUGACACACAUGUCAUCCUCAUGUGUUUCUCCAUCGACAGCCCCGACAGUUUAGAAAAUAUCCCUGAGAAGUGGACGCCGGAGGUAAAGCACUUCUGUCCCAAUGUCCCCAUCAUACUGGUGGGGAACAAGAAGGACCUGAGGAAUGAUGAGCACACACGGAGGGAGCUGGCCAAGAUGAAACAGGAGCCAGUGAAGACAGAAGAGGGCAGAGACAUGGCCAGCAGGAUCAGUGCUUUUGGAUACUUGGAGUGCUCUGCCAAGACCAAGGACGGCGUGCGGGAAGUGUUCGAGAUGGCCACUAGAGCGGCGCUACAGGUCCGCAAGUGCAAGAAGAGAAGCGGCUGCACGCUGCUGUGAGCAGUCCACACGUCAUCAGAUCAACUGACCCAACAGGAGAAAAAGAAAACACGAAAAAGGACUGGCCUUUUACCAAAUGGCAUCUUCGUACUGUAUCUCGCAUUUCACGAUAACAGUCAGGCAGAUGAAACAAACCGAACACAGGAAAAUAAGUUUGUCUUUAUUACAGCAGUGUUUAGAAGUUGAUGUUUAAAGUUUCUUUUUUUUUCAAAAAUCUGUCUUUACACAUCAUUUUCCUACUUAUUUUUUCUUUAUAUUUGUUAAUUAGGCCGUGAUAGAUAUUUGUAUGCAAUAUUGUUCUUCACAAGCUUGGGCGAGCAGCGUCCUUCUUAGCUUGUGUCAAGUCUCCAUGAGUAAUGUCUUAUCCAAACACUCCAGACUGUCAUGUUAGUAUCAGCUCUGUUCAUCCUUGUAGUCGUGAUAAGAGAAUGAAAGUUGAUAUCUUUUUUUAACAUAAGUGCUAGUGCCUUUUUAAGUUUUUACACCACUAUCUAUUUCUCAUGUUUUUCAGCUAGCUUACAUUUCAGCUGAGGGGCCCCCUCUGUUGUACUGUAGCUCAUUUUACACACUGUUUGUCAUUGUGAAACCUGAUCAAAGCCAUAACUAAGGCUUUCAGCACGGUUGACAACUCGUCAAGCACAACAAAUGGCUGCUUGUGCCAUUUUUGUUGCCGUGAAACAACAGCAUUCCCUCGGGGUUGGCCAUACUCACGGAGGAUAAACAAGUUGGCUGCCUGUCAACAAAGGAGCGAGCUUCACAUUCUUUAUGAGUAUCUGCUUAUUCACAUACAUCCCUCUUAACUAUCGGUAAUCUGUGCAGUGGACCAGGACGGGCAGAUGAGGACUGGCCAAUCAAGACACAAGCCAGUAUGACUCAACUAUGCACAAUGGCUGUUAGGACCAACAGGGAGAUGACACAGCUGAAAGAGAAAUGAAGGCCAAGGCCUGGUGAAAGCUCCUUUGUUUGUUUAUUGUGAGUAACUGAGUUCAGCUCUUGUUCUGCUACGAUGCAAGAGGGCCGGCCACACCCGCUGUUGGAAUUCAUGUGUUGAACGAGUUAGCCCAGUGGCGAAAAAAUUAUGUCUCUUUUAGUCAUUGCGUGUGGACGUUUCCAGUCGGAUGACAUUCUUUACAUGUUUUGAAAGGAGCUGAAUUGUGUGUGUGUGGUUGUGUGGUUGUGUGUUUGUGUUUUUUCCCCUCCCGGUGCCUUCUCUGUUCUGCUGUGCCUUUUUUUUUGUUUUUGGUUGUUCUCUCCCAGACCAGAUAGACCAGAUCCUCUAUGUCAACCGGUCAACCACUGACUGACAAGGUCAAGAGCGACCUUUCUGAUAUGUUUCACAAAUCGUGGAUCUUUAGAAUUUAUCCAAAAAUGCAGGCUUGAUUAUUGCAAAAUGUGUUUGCUAAAUUUCCAGUCCUAGUCAUAGCAUGAAUAUUAAGAUUUUACCUAUAAAUGCAGUCUCAUUGUUAUCUUGGCAGAUAAGACAGGUUAUACCGAUUGGUGUCGAGUUUUGCAUCAAGAAUGAAUCAUGGGAACAUUACAAAAACAUCUGUCUGCAACCAUGAAGGUUGUCUUUGAUGUUUUACAGUAUUAUUGCAAAAAAAAAAAGGUUUUAGAGUUCAACUGUGGAAAGAUGGAAAAAUUCAGUCUAUUCAUGUCUUUAUUCUGAUCUAUGUUGGUCUUAAUUUUCACAGCUUGGCAAGAAAACAUUUGAUAUUUUAUGUCUCACGUCAAGCACUGAAUUAUACUGAAUGCAUCACACGUCAGAGACUGUCCACUGGUCCCAGUUCUUGUGUCCUGUACGAAUAAUUGUGAAAAUAUAACCGCUUGAAAGGCAGAGCGACUGUCCUCAGACACAGACUCUUUAUGGCAUUCCUUUUCUCUGCCUCGGUUGCUCAUUCAUGUACUGUAGAUAUCCCAUGGUUGCAUGUUGCUGUCUGUCUAAAGGAAGGUGGGUGUUGAAAUGUGUGUGUGUGUAUGUGGCAAAAAAUAAUAUCUUUGACGUUGCAUGCAACCUUAUAAUGCCAGUACAGGCAAACCUACCAGCUGGCAGAUCUGUGUCUGUUAUAUUGUAAUGCCAUCUGUAAUGCAACUUUAUACCCUCUACUGGCCAACCACAUAUGUUUUGACCGAGUGAUCCAGUGGAGUCGCUUCAACCUGAGGUUGAGGAGAGGAGGCAUUUAUUACAAUUACAAACACCAUAUUCAUAUUUUUACCUCAAAUCCCUAUAGGGUGGAUACUAUGUUUUAACUCUGGACUUUGCACAUUAUUGGGGACAAGAACAAGCACACUAACAAGGCAAGAGUGAAGAGAUUAAGAUCCCUAUGCCUAAUGAUUUCUGUCAAUGAAAAUGAGACAAGCGUUUCACAGCUGUGGCUUGAUAUUCACAAGUCUCGACAAGGAAGUAUUGGGAAUUAGAGGACGCAAGAGAUCGUCGAAUAACUUUCACAGCUGGAAACAUAGGCCAGGGUCUAGUGUUGAACAUAUCACUAAGAGCAUGUACAAUACUGUUAAUGUGUAUGCUGUCCUUAUGAUGUUGAUGCAUGCAUGAGAAAAUUAUGGGUCUUUAUAGCGUGUUCACACCCACACACGUCUUUGGGAACAGCUUGUGCUCAGUGUUGUGUAACUUUUCUUUCUUUCUCUGGAAGUAUUUGAAAUGAUAAAGGAUCCAAAUUUAUAUAAAAACUAAUUGUAAUAAUGCUAUGUAAAACAGAAAGUGUCGUAGUGAAUGUCCGAUCUGAAGUGAACAUGAACAUUGUUAAUAAACUAUUUUUGAGACAAGA